AUGUCAGGAGAACCCCCGAAACAAACGGCAAUCAAUAUACCACCGGACGCACCCGGCGCAUCCGCACAAACGGGUGCUAUAGCGUCAGAAGGUGACAAAGGUCAAGAUAACGGUGGAAAAGGCGCUGGAGAAACAGUUAAAGACACACUUGAAUUGUUGGAUUCCGUACCCGUAAUAGAGCACGCAAAAGAUAAGGUCGAAGAUGAAUUGGAAAAAAUCGAUCCUGAUACACCAGCAGAAAGAUCGGUAGAAACGGCGAACAUUACAGCAAGAAUCAAUAAGUUAGAUGUAGUAAUUACAAUUGGCCUUUAUUAUGCAUCACUUAUUACUGAUUGGUUAACAUCCUUAGGAAGCUCAACAUCAGUUGGAGCAUUUUUCUAUAAUAUAUUUUUUGCAUCAUUUGAUCUUACGCAAUGGAAAUUUGGUCAGCUUGAUUUAGUAGCAAGUAUUUCAGGCAUGACAACAACAUUACAAUCGGGAAUUUUUGUAAUUGCAGCAUCAGUACAUGCUAUUGCAACGGUAACAAAGACCAAAGUGCCAAAACAAUUAGAAGGGCCUUUGUACUUUGGAGGACCAUUCCAAUUUGUUCAUCUUAUUAAGACAGAGUAUAAUGAUUAUCAUCAAUCAACUAAAAGUUGGGAUGCACAAGUUUCUCAAGGGAUCGGAAUUAUAAGUCAAAUAUUGAUUAUUGCCGCGGCGAUUUGUGCAGCAAGCACUAGGAUGGGACAAUUAGGUGCCUUACAACCACUUGCUACUGGAGAACCAAACGUUAUUAAUGCUAAUUUCACACCACCUCAUGGUACUGAAAUUGAAGGCGAACCAAUUAAUGUUGCAAAUCAAACUCAAGUGACAUUAGCCGUGCAAAAUGCGGCAUUGUUCGCUACGACCACCUACAUAGUUUCAGUUUUUGCAAUUAUUAUGUCAUCAAUGUUGAAUGUUAUUCAAUGGUUGGCAGAUGUUUGGCGUGUUAAUAAUGAUGAACUUAUCAUAUAUUAUUUAUUCAAAUAUUGCACCAGGAUCGUAUGUUGUUAUCCGUGCCUUGUUCUUAUAAGAGGAAAAGCCAAAGUGGAUGCCAUGGAAACUGGCACCGCUACAAAUUCCGAGAAGGCCAAUCCUUCAUUACAAUCCCCAUUUAUACCUUAA